UUCGUCGACCUUGCUUUGACUUUGCCGAGUCAAAGUGUUUCGGUGAUAAAACGAAUCGAAAGGUAGUCGAGAGUUUUGUCGCAAGUUGCUGCACCGAACAGAGGUUAACCGAGUUGAAAAAGCACAGGAACGGAGCAUCGAGAAUCGUCGAGAAGAGCAUCGUUUCGAAAGCGAGACAUUUAAAUAGUAAAACUAUGGCGUUCAAUAUGCUCAGCAUCGAUAAAGUGGAUCUGACGGACAAACGGGUUCUGAUGCGCGUGGACUUCAAUGUGCCAUUAAAGGAAGGCAAGAUAACCAACAACCAACGAAUCGUUGCUGCAUUGGAUACUGUCAAAUAUGCUCUUGAGAAAAAAGCGAAGAGUGUUGUAUUGAUGUCGCACUUGGGUCGCCCAGAUGGUAAACCAGAUAUGAAAUAUACUUUGAAACCGGUAGUGGAAGAAUUGAAAACGCUACUUGGAAAAGAGAUUUUGUUUUUAAACGAUUGCGUCGGACCGGAGGUGGAAGCUGCUUGUGCGAAUCCUGCACCUGGAACCGUCAUCUUGUUAGAAAAUUUGCGAUUCCACAUCGAGGAGGAAGGCAAGGGAGUUGGCCCCGAUGGAAGCAAGAUAAAAGCGGACAAGGAAAAGGUCGCGGAAUUCCGAAAAUCUCUCAGCAAACUUGGAGAUAUUUAUGUUAACGACGCGUUCGGCACCGCGCAUCGAGCUCAUAGCUCGAUGUUAGGGGAGGGAUAUGAAAAAAGGGCAAGCGGCUUUCUCUUAAAGAAAGAAUUAGAUUAUUUCGCCAAAGCGUUAGAUAAUCCCGCGAGACCAUUUUUAGCGAUAUUAGGAGGUGCCAAAAUUGCAGAUAAAAUACAAUUAAUAAAUAAUAUGUUGGACAAAGUCAACGAAAUGAUCAUCGGCGGUGGAAUGGCGUAUACUUUCUUGAAAGUAUCCAAAAACAUGAAGAUAGGUAAUUCGUUGUUCGACGAAGAAGGCGCGAAAAUAGUCAACGAUCUAUUAGCGAAAGCAGAGAAGAACAAGGUUCAAAUACAUUUACCGGUUGACUUUGUUACCGCGGAUAAAUUCGCGGAAAAUGCAGCUGUCGGUUCGGCAGACAUAGAGAGCGGCAUACCCGAUGGUUGGAUGGGUCUCGACGUUGGACCUAAGACGAGAGAAUUAUUCGCAGAAUCGAUCAAAAGAGCAAAGACCAUUGUAUGGAACGGCCCAGCAGGCGUGUUCGAAUUUGAAAAUUUCAGCCAAGGUACAAAGAGUCUGAUGGAUAACGUUGUGAACGUUACGUCGCAGGGCGCCAUUACCAUUAUAGGGGGCGGCGAUACAGCCACGUGUGCCGCUAAAUGGAAAACUGAAGAUAAAGUGAGCCACGUGAGCACUGGAGGCGGUGCCAGUUUAGAACUUCUCGAAGGCAAAAUUUUGCCGGGAGUCCAGGCUCUUACUCCAGCGUAAAUUAGCAACUUUUAAAUGUACCAGUUGGUGUUAAGACUUUAAAGGACAUCGGUCGUGUCAGAGUCGAAUGUUCGAUCGAAUAGAUAAAACAUCUAAUAACCUUCUAACAACGGUAAUAUUGUUGUAUACAAAAUUUCCGUAUAAAAAAUAUUGUAUUCUGUGAAACAUGACUGUUGCUUCUCCACGUGAAAUAUGUAUGUCGAAAGAGAUACGAGAGUUUGCUUUUGUAGGAAUGUAUCGUAUACGCUACGCAAUGACUGUCGGAGUAAGAAGUAAAUCGAAAUCGACACCUAUCCGUAAAAAGAUCGGUUUGUUGAUAGACGAAAUGUAAAGAGUUCUUUUAACGAAACGUUAAACACAAAUAUAAAUUAUUUAGAUUAAAUAAAAUAUUGAGUUAUUACAGAUUU